CCGAGCUGUGUGCCGCAGGGGUGGAAAGUGGAUGGACAGCCUAGAGGCCGGGGCGUCGCUGCCUUCUGGUACCCGCUGGGCGGGACUGGCAAAGCCCCAGAACGCUGUCUUCCGGGGAUACCCCUACCGGAGGACCUGUGGCUCAGAAGCCCAGCCCGGCUCGUGGCUGGGGCUACGCCUCCUGGCAAUACCAGGGACAUGGGGAUGAAAAGGUGUCCCUGGCAAUACCAGGGACAUGGGGAUGAAAGGUGCCACGCAGGGUGGAGCCCUGCGUGUGAGUCGGCCCCCAGCCUGGCCCCACCAGUGGACCGAGUCUAGGAAAGUCCGGUGCCCUCAGCUGACCCGAAACACGCCGGUGGACAAAAUCCGGUGCCCAGCGGAGGCGCGCUCGCCCCGAGGGCGUGGCCGGGGCGGAGCCCGAGUCCUCCGGGCAGGUGCAGGGGGUGGUGCCGGGCCCUGCCCCGGAGGGCCGUUCUAAGAGGCCAGGGGUUGGGUCAGAGACACAGCCGGUGAGGGCGACGCCCUGGAACUCGUGGGCAGCGACUGGGGCCACAGGUGCCCUGUGUCCCAGCUGUGGCCAUCAAAACUCCAGCGCUAGAAACUCAGACUUUCGAGCUGCUCUCAACCCCGGACACCAAGGCUCCGGGGCCGGGGAGUGGAGCCCUGGGGUCGCCCGAAGAGCCGGGCCCAGAGACCCCGGGGGCAGACGGUGAAGUCCCUGGGCGUGUCGCAGGGCAGGUAACCUAGGUCCUCAGGACAGGCGGCGAGGGACCCGUGUUCUCUGCAUAGCAGGACGCAGAGACCCACAAGCAAGAGAGCAAAGUGCUGGAGCCAUUAGCGGGGCAAGGCGCAGAGCUCUCAGAGCCGUGCCCACCUGGGAGCUUUGAGACUCCUGGGCCAGGCAGAGGCGACCCCAAGCCAUUUGAAACGCGAAGCGCCCGGGUCCCGGGAAGUUCCCCUUUCAAGAUCCCUAGACUUCCUUCUCCGGGGGAGACCUAGAAGCCCCCCAGCAACGUUUUCCUCUGUUCCCUGAGACCUCUCCAACAGUCCCAGAAUAGCUGCUCAUGGAGACGCCCAUCGAACGCGAAAUCCGCCGCAGCUGCGAACGCGAGGAGAGCCUGCGCCGAAGCCGGGGCCUGAGCCCAGGUCGCGCAGGCCGCGAACUCGUCGAGCUGCGUUUGAGGCCGGUGCUCAGCCUUCCAGGUCCGGGCACCGCGCUCCCGCGUGCUUUGGAGCGCGCGCGGGCGGGCGCGCAGAUGCAGCGAGACAUCGAGCGGGAGGCCCACCGGCAGGCGGCGCUGGCGCGCCCCGCGACCCCAGAGCCGCCAGCUCGGCAGCCUCCGCAGCCGCUGGACGAGCUCAAGCGCUUCUUCGAGGCCGCUGGUGAGUGCGGCGUCUCGCCGGGGCCGCAGCGGCUGCUGGAGCACGGAGGCCGGCCGCUUUCGGCUGUGCAGGGCCGGUGUCCGGUGCUGGCCCGCGCCCCGCCGCCCAUCGCGCCAUCACUGCUGGAACUGGAGGUGCGCGAAGCACAGGAGCGCGAGCUGGAGCUGCAGCGCCAGAGGCUUAGCGUCUAUGGCACCGCGGAAAUCAAGGAGCCCGCGCCGAGCCUAAUGGAAUGGAGGCUUCCUGGGGGAAGCGUCGGGGUGAAUGCCUGUGUGUGUUUAAGAGGUGCGGCUGGCUUCCUUUGUCCUGGGCACCUCUAGCUGGUGAGAGGAGGAAAGACCUCGGCAGUGUCUUUUCU